UCUCUGUAACCGACGGUGAUUUCCCUGAUUUCAUUUUGUAAUCGUACAAGUAUGUAAUCGGGAUAACUUCCCUGUAAGUUUUUCUUUGAUCAAUGAAAAUUUCAAUAAAAAAAGAUGUCAAAGACGAGUCCUUGUCUCUCCUGUACUGUAUUUGAAUUCCAGUAGCAGCAGCGUCAACCCACUUGAUAUCCAUCCACUGCCAAUGACACCUCUAGCCUUGAACUGUCUUCAGGUUUUCUCUUUCGAGGAAUCAGAUCAUAUAUAAUGAAGGAAAUUCAGUCAUGUAUUGAAAUGACAGGUCAUGCCGUUUCUCACCGCAUUUCAAUCUUCUCCCAUGCUUUAGGAAUCUAUAUGUCCGGUAAACAAAAUAAAUAAAAUUUAAACUGUUUAUGCUUUCCCUCCCUCCCUCCCUUCCUGUCUCUGUUGUUCAAUCAAGAAACGCAUAAGAACUCCAAGAAGACAAAAGAUAAUGAGAACAACAGCAUGCAAAAACAUCUCUCAAUACAACACCACUGCCCAUAGAGCAAAACCCACCAUCAAUCCUUUGUCCAUCGCCACGAACAGGGCUUCUCGGUACUCUUUUUCCUCUGAAACAGCACUUGGAAACCCGUGGCCUAUAGGGGCAGCUGCACUUCAUGACAGUACUAUUUCUGUUGAUCGCCCGGUAUGGAGCCUCAGUCCUCUAUCAGCAGCUUUGCCAGAAUCCCCACCACCCAUUUGCAGUGACUGCUCUAGCCCCCCUCGUAGUUCUGCCACAAUAUUCUAUUCUUUGGCUCCUACCGUGCUCUCCACUUCAAGAUUCCAGAGUGCCAGGUCCAACUUUAGUAAACCACCCGUAUCAAGCAAUAUCGAAAUAGAGGAAUGUGUUCAGAGUGGCAAGAACUUGAAUGGCUUCCAUCGUCACACAGACGAUGGAAUCGCAACGCAAAAUUGCCCCUCAAAAUACCGCUCGAGGCAAUCUGCGGUGGCAGAUGCAGAAGUUCAUAGUAGGACAUCAUCUUCUUUUCUUGAUGACGACAACGAGAAGAAGCAUGGGCAUUCCGACCCAAAAUGCAACUACAGCAUAAACAGCUCUGAUGCUGACAGCGUGGAUUGUGGAAACCACAAACUGAUGACUCGACCAAAACCUUACAGUGAUUUCUUAGAUGAGAUCAAGGCCCCGGAGCUUGAAGCUCAGAUGGGUGCAUGGAAGAAGGCUAAACAUAGGGAACUGAUGAACAAGUUGAGAAGAAACGAAGCUGUUAUUCGUGAUUGGGAGUAUAAACAGACACACAAGGCAUUGAAGGACAUGAGGAAAGUAGAGAACAAACUGGAAAGGAAGCGGGCUGAGGCACUAGAGAGAGCACAGAAGAGAAUAAACAAAGCAAGAAAGGAAGCAAAUAAGGCGUCGGGCAAGGUAAUUGAAUCAGCAAUGAAGAAAGGAACAAAAAUUGCAAAAGAAUCUGACAUCCGAGGCACCCAAAACCCAAUUUGGCGGAGGCUUAUGAACUUGUGUCCCUGAUAUUAGAAAUCACUUUGUUUCCUGUAGCCUCUCCUUUUUAUGAAACUGGUCUGUUCUAUUCUCGUGUCCACCACCAGAUAUGAAUACAAGCUUCCUUGCACUCAACAA